AUGGAUGAGCCGGUACCGGGAUCGAUAAGGCAAACUGCACAGGACAAGAUUGCGGAAUCAGAGAACACACCUCAGCAAUCGGAGCAUGCGGCGCAGGACAAGAUUUUGGAGACGGAGGGCACACCUGAGCAGCCAGCUCGACCUCUGCCAGAUUUGCGUCAGGGCAUCCCAUCCACGUUCGAUUUCGAGUUUGGCGGUGCCAAGCAGAGCGCGUCGCAAGGAAGCGCUGCAGAGGGUAAACUUUCCCAAGAGGACAAACUCGACCUCGCAUCCGCGCCGGCGGAAGGAGGCCGUCGUGGAGGCCGCGAGGAGCGAGACUACGACCAGUCCGCAUACGAGACAUCCGUGGACAGACGUCGCCGGACGAUGGCAAGAUGGCUUUACGUAGCGGUCACACUCGGCGCGGUUGGCACUGGCGUAUACUUCUCUCGACCCUUCGGCGAUUUCGACGACAUUCCCAAAGGUCUUGAAGCUCCAGACACCACGAGCUGGUCGCCAAACAGCAUGUACCGCCGCGUUCGCGCUCGCAUGGGUCAUCAGAUGGGCUACUACACAGAACCAUCAUUUCCCAAACUUCUCCCUGAUGUGCCCGAGUCUCAGCGCCCGCCAAUGACUCUAGUCCUUAGUCUUGAGGACCUCAUGAUCCACACCACCUGGGACACCAAGAACGGCUACCGCACAGCCAAGCGUCCGGGUAUCGACUACUUCAUCCGCUACCUCUCGCAAUACUACGAACUCGUCCUCUUCACCUCAGCACCACGCGCCAUGGCCGACCCAAUCGUAGCGAAACUCGACCCCUUCCACUUCAUCAUGUGGCCUCUCGGCCGCGAAGCGACCAAAUACGAAAACGGAGAAUAUGUCAAAGACCUGUCCUACCUCAACCGACCCCUAAACAAAACCCUCAUCAUCGACACUCACGCCCCGCACGUCAAGAACCAACCCGAAAACGCCAUCAUCAUCCCCAAAUGGAGCGGUGACCCUAAAGACCCGCACGUCAAAGACCUUGUGGCUCUCAUCCCAUUCCUGGAAUACGUUGCCACGGUCGGCGUGGACGAUGUCCGUCCCGUGCUGGAAUCCUUCUCGGGUACCUCCAUCCCCGAAGAAUUCGCCCGCCGCGAAUCCGAAGCGCGAGCGAAAUUUCAAGCGCAGCUUGCGCAGGAACGUGGACGGAGAGGAAAGUUCUCACUUGGCAGUAUCGCGGGUAGCUUGGGCGUCAAGGGCGGCGCGAUGGGUGGUGGAGGCAUGGUGUUGGGAGAUGGACAGAGUGUGGCGGAGGGACUGGCGCAGGGGAAGAUGCUGAGUGAUCAGAUUCGUGAACAAGGGCAGAAGCAGUAUGAGCAUUUGGAGAAGCAGAUUCGGGAGCAUGGGGAGCAGUGGCUGAAGGAGGAGCAGGAGGAGAUGAAGAAGUUGCAGGAGGCGCAGAUGAAGGAUAUGAAGAAGGGGGCAUUGAGUUGGUUUGGUGGUGGAGGGGAGAAGUAG